GAUUAUCAUUUUCAAGAAAUGAUGUUCAACGUCAUGUACGCCCCGCAAAAUUACUACUGCUUCGCUAUCGACAACAAGGCAUCUGAAAGUUUUCAUAGCAAGAUGAAAACCCUGGGGAAAUGUUUCGAAAACGUUAUAAUAAGUGAUGUGGAAUUCAAUGUUGACCAACCGGGUCACAAUAUGGUCAGAAGUCUCACUUACUGUUUACAUUUACUGUUACAGAGGCCGAAGUGGAAAUACGCUAUCUUGCUACAGAAUCAUGACGUUCCACUGAAAACAAAUCAUGAAGUGGUCCAGAUUCUCAGAAUACUUAACGGAACAAAUGAUGUAGAGAUGAAAUUCCCGCAUCAAAAUAGAAUUCCGCCAAAUUACGUGUGGACAUACGAUGCUUUAAAAAUUUUUCGGGAUCUCAACCUCAAUAAAAAUCAAACGUUUCAUAUUGUUGAAGGUUCAGUACAGGGAAGUUUCAGUCGAUCGUCUGUUGAGUACCUGUUAAACGAUCUCGACGUAACAAAUUUUAUGAACAGGCUGGAAGCAAUGCCGUAUGGAAUCGAUGAACUUUUUUUUUCGUCGUUCAAUAUGAAUGAUGGAAUCGGUAAAGAUUUUCAACUUGAACAAUGUGUAAUUACUUUUUUUGACACUCGAAAAUUACUUAAUUUUUAUCAGAUAAUUCCAAUAUUUUUUAAGACAAGGUAUUGCAACUUAGUGCGGCACGGUAUCUGCAUUUUUGGAGUUGAAGAUCUAUGGCAUCUUAAUGCAUCCCGAUUUAUUAUUGGCAAUAAAUUUUAUCCAGAACUAGAUUUUGAAGCUGUAUCGUGUUGGUUACAAUGGAUUUUUCGACUGACACAUUCGGCGAACAGUCGUUCGCUGGAUCUCAAUUAUUAUCAGGAACUACCUCACGUUAGGUUUAACAGAGAUAUUAAAAGAUACCGCCAUAAUUUAUCAGAUUUUAAUUGCACAUUUAAAUAUUCAGCAACGUAG